AUGAGGAAGCAUGGCAGUCUCACGCAGGACGAGGAGGUUAACGAGGCCGCGUGGGUAGCGGGACGGGGAGCAGCUGUGGGAGCGGCAAAGUGGGGCAUAUUCUCGGCCAUCGCCGCCGGUGUAGGGAUGAUGUACAGUCCUCUCUAUCGUGGAACAACGAUACCGUUCAAAGUCUUCCUCCAGAUGAGCGGCAUGACUCUAGGCUCAAUCAUUGAAGCAGACCACAGGUUAAUUGCACACGGCAAAACGGUGCGGGCUCGAAAGAAGAUGGCCAAAGACGCCGAGGUCUGGAGAAGAUUCGAGGAAGACUAUGGCAGCUUGGACUCCGUGAGCUCCAAGGACGAGCCGAAGAAGUGA